AAACAAAUGCAUUGGUGACUAAUUGAUGGUUAUUAUUGUUAGUGCCCGGAAAUCUAUUAAUGGACGAUAAGAUUUGUACCAAAAAGCUGUUAUCAUUAAGACGAUUACAAAUUUAUCUGUCGUUAUCAAUUGAUUUCAAAAUUAUACGAACGAUAAGUCGAUGUAGACGAUAGUUUAAUAGUGUCAAAGAUAGGUACAACAUGGGUGCAACCAUGUACAAGUUACUCAUCAUAACGCUUCUGGUUUUUCAAAAAGUUGUUCGUUCUCAAAAUAACGAAUUAGUGUGUGACAAUGUUAAGAAUACGCUGUACACGGAAUUUUCGCAAGCUGAUUGCAUAAAACAGGGAACAUUUUAUUUUCAAAAACAGGGAAAUUGCAAACCAGAAUGUGAAAUAGCUGUGACCGUACCAAUAGUUAGCUGCGAAGGUGUUCGAUGUCCUCCGGGUUACAAAUGUGUAGAUAAAAGAUGCGUCUUAGAUGAAGAUUCCUGUUUCAAGUAUAUAACAAAGGUUAGCACUGCAUUCGACAAAGAUAAUCCGUAUUUGAGCGCAACCUUUAAGCCGAAAUGCACCUGGGAUGGAAAGUGGGAAGCCAAACAAUGCAAAGGUGGAAAGACAAAUGGAAGAUGUUUCUGCUACGAUGAGGUCGGAAAUAGAAUCUUCGGACACGAAUGGUCCCACAAGGCGGAGAAAAUGACCUGCGCGUGCAGCAGGAGAAGAUACGAAAUGGAAAAGAGUAAUGCAAAAAUCGUCGGCAAGGACUUCGUGAGUUUGCAUUGCGAUAGUCUGGGUAAUUUCCAGAAACUUCAAUGCCAUUUGGGUCACUGUUGGUGCGUGAAUCCGCAGAAUGGAGAUAUGGAAUCAUCGGUGGUAACAGAACACCUCAUGAAACACCUUCCCUGUUACACAAAGGCCGACUUCAGUGAUAAGUAUAUGAGGCAAUGCGACAGUCAUUUGUACGGCGUGGAAACUGCUAUAAAAUACCUGAACUUGCAUGGAACCGAAUUCGCAAACUUCGCAAAAAUUAUGUGCGACGCGGAUGGAACUUACGGCAGCGUCAAAGUGGCCGGAGGAUUGAAAUAUUGCACUUGGAAGGAUAACAAGAACAUCGGCAGUUUCAUGGCUUCCCUCGGAGACAAAGAUCUUUACAUGAACAUGAAUUGCAAUUGUGCCAGGGAUUCUCUAAUUUUCAAAGAAGCCGGAUUAGAUUUUAACAUGGCUUGUCUUCAAAAUGGAAAUUACAAACCGGAGCAAACAAUCGACGAAUUCAAAUACUGCGUGGACGACGACGGUUUCCAGAUCGGUGAUAUAAAUCCCUCCAAAGAAUGCAAAGAUAUCAUUUGAGCGAGAGAGAAAACGACUUUCAAUAGAAUUUGCAUUAUUUAUUAAAUAAACCAGUUAUAAGUUAUAAACAACUCGUAAUGCAUUAUUUCCAACACCCAAACAAAAAAUAAAUAAAAUUGUGAACUGUCUUCUGCUUUACACACAAAAUGUCCACGAUUAUUCACCUACAGUAAUUAAGUAUUCAUUGCACCAUCAUGUUCAUUCUCAACACACAAACAUUUGUUUUCCCAAUUUUCUUGGCAAGAUAACAUAAUAAUUAUACAUUUAAUAGAACGUAAAUUACAGUAGAUGAGACUAGAAUUAAGUUAAUAAAUAAAUUCGAGCGCUAUAGAUUUUCAAUAAUUUGUUUUUUUUUUUGGAAUUAUAUAUAAUAAAUAUUAUUAGUUUUACAAACGUAAUCGCAGCUAAUUAACAUCCAUUUGUAUGUUAUCAUAUAAUAAAUUUUGUUUAUUAUUAAUUUGAAAAUAAUGUUAUACCAACUGCUAAAAUUUAACGAUGAAGAUUGCACAGAUACCAACCGCGAUAAAACAAAUUUACUAAACGGGUGUGGUUUUAACGUUUGCAAUCCGAAAAAAAAAAUAUGGGAGAGACGCAUCAAUAAAUUUGAACAUAAAACUUAAUACAUUAAAUUCAAAUAAAAUAAAAAAACUUAUCGGUAAAUCAUUGUCAGUACGUUUUAAUAAAUAUCCUUGACGAUCAUGUAAAUAUAUAAGUUUACAUCUAGAGAUACACACAACCUUGCUAGUGAGACAACAGUUCGAUAUCAUCAACUAAUUAAUAUUGGUCCAUGAUGCGAAACUAAAAUUAAAAUCCUUAAUUACAAAGAAACACAAAAUAUUGCCUAACGUAAUUGCCGACGCGUUUCGUCUUCGUUUUGGCAGCUUCCUUAGUAUAGUUUCAGUUAAUUUCUUGUUUAGAGAUCAAUCGUAUUAAAUAUUCGUAUAUAAUAUAAUAUAUUCAUUUGUUCGCUUACAUUCAUUUUUUU